AUGGAUCCUCACCAUGGCGCCGCGCAAAACUUGCGCGCCGCUCGCUCCAAGCGCAGCCAUGUCAUGACUUCGCAAGCGGGCGGCGCCGCAUUCUCCAGCUCGGCUCACCUGGAGGCACCAACCGCCACUUUAUCCUCAUCCUCACCUCCUCACCGGUCAUCACCACGACGUCCAUCCCUGGGUCCAAGACGCAAAAGCCGAAACUCGGCCCCUGCCGUGCCUACUCUCUCGAUAUUCCCCUACUCUUCCUCCUCAUCCACUUCUUCUCUCUCCUCCUCACCCGGCUCAACGGCAACUUCUACCGCAGUCCCCAUCGCCCUGCCUUCGAGACCGCUGCGAACCUCCCUGGCUAGUCGGGGCAGCGUGUCUAGGACAACCAACCCGUUCCUCCUCGAGACUUCCUCCUCUUCGUAUCUCGGUGAGGAUUUCGCGUCUUUCUCGUCGUCGCUUUCGUCCAACUAUUCCUUUGCGCCCUCGAGUUUCGCUUCGACAUGCCCUCUGGGCUUGUCCAUGGAUGAAGAGACCGCCGAGUCCUCGUUGUCUGAGCCGGAUCCCGGGUUGGACUCCAAGAUGGACCCAUUCGGCAGUGCCAACCUGUACAGCGUCCCCGUUGGGACGAAGGUGAAGCAGUUUGUCGGUGAGGGCUCGGCCAACGUUGUUAUCGAGUUGGAUUUGCCGGAGGGGACGUCGGCUGCGACGAGGGAAUUUUUCGAAGGCAAACUCUUGAGGCUGCAAAAGGUGUCAAGGAAACCCGAAAAACAGCCUUACCCCUAUCCUGUGCAGUACCGCUAUUGGAGAGAGCGUAUUAAACCCAUGUUUUCGGAAAAAGAUGACCUCGUCAAUAUCGAUCUCGUUCGUCUAGGGCCUGGAGGAUCGAAUCUUUUGAAUGACGUUGACGAUUUGCUGGCUCUGAUGGAUAUGGCAACCUCGAGGAGUAGAGAUCAGGCCCCCCCCGCAGAUAUAGAGGCCACGGUCAAGGCUCCCGAAGAGUCUCCGCUGAAGAAGAGGAAAAAGAAGUUUGUUGGCUCUAGGCUUGCGCGCGUAGAGUUUGGCAUGCUUGUGGACGACAUGCGAAUUGACGAGAGCGAAGGCAUCAUGAUUGAAGUCAAGCCAAAGUGGCUUCUCCAAUCACCCAGCGCCCCCACUGACGCCGUCCGCUGCCGAACCUGCGCCGUCCGUCUCCACCGCCGCCUCAAGGACUCCUCCUACGACGGAGCGCACCUCCCAUGUCCGCUGCUUAUGACCUCUGACCGUUGGGAAGACCGCAGCCUCUUCGUAUCCCGGCUAUUCGGCGACGAGGAGCUCGACGAGUGGUACGUCGCGCCCUUGCGCCGUUGGUUCAAGGGCGUUGCACCUUCGCGACCCAAGCGCCUCAUCACCCAGGUCCGCAACAUGCAGCGGCAGCUUGACCAGAAGGGCCCCCUGGGCUCCAACGCCGAUGACGAGCAGUUCCGCCUCGCCAUGACACUGCGAGACUGCAGCGUGUUUCUGAGAGUUUUGCGCAGACCCGGCGGGCAGGCCAAGGUGGUGGCCAAGAUUGCCGACCUAGACAAGAAGAACUCGGCUGCGAAGAUGGAUUGGUGGAAGAAGACGGAGCUAGACCUCGUUAAGGGCGGUGCUUAUUUUGCGGAGUAUCGCGUUGAUGUCGAACAGGGGAGGGUGGUCAUCGCGGGGACGGAGUGUCAUAUGGAGAUGGAGAGGAGGAGAGCGAGGAGGAAGAGUGAGGCGAAGGAACGCCAGCUCCAGGGUGAGCUGAGACUGAGGGAGGGCAUGGAAGAGCAUCAUAAUCGGCUCAUUCGGGAGUGCGAUCUGGAGAAGUAUGUUGUGUGA